CAUGACCUGCAUCCACCAAAACCUGGAAUGCAUCAACAUGGACUCAGCCCGGCAGAGCAUGGAGUCCCUGCUUCUCCUGAUGGCUGAGGAGAACCCUGGGGAGGUGGUCAGGACACUGCUGAAAAUCGCUCCACCAGGAGACAGGUACUGGCCCCAAAACCCAUGAGAGCUUGUUUGCUGUGGGGAGAGGGGCCUGGAGGCUCUCUGGCUGUCAGAGCCAAGGAAUCCUGCAGGACAAUCUGAGGAGCAGGACCCUCCAUCCCACCAUGCUUUCCAGCCCUGGGGGCUCAGCCAGGCCUGCAGCAGUCAAAGCUGAGCCAGCCAGCCCAGAGCACCCCCACCACACUCCUGCCAGGCCCAUGGGGAGCAGCAGCUCAGUGCCCUGCUGCUGCCCAGGGCAUCCCAAACGUCCCGCAGCGCUGACCCUGGUCACCACACUGCUGUGGCUGAGGCUGCCCUGCUGACAGAGCACUCUGGCUUGCAGCACUGCCCUGGACAUGUGGGAGGCGAUGUUCUCUGUGCCUCAGACCCUGCACAACGUUUUGAGGGAGCUGCACAUCCAGCUCCAGGACCGGCGCUACAGGGUCUUAUCCACACCCUUGGAGGACAUCUCCAUCCUUCGCCUGGCUCUGCUGGCCAGCAGUGAUCUGGAAGAGGAGGAGUUUGCUCCAAUGUACCUAGCCGGGAGGUUUCUGAGGCAACGAAGGCCGGCGAUGCUCUCCUUGGUGCUCAGCGGCAUCAUGACGCUGUCGGAGAAAGAAGAGAUGGCAAGAAAAAUGCUGGUCCUGCUGCCAGACCUGAGGAGGGUCCUGUUCUUUGGCUAUAAGGCUGUGACGAUGAAGGCUCUGGUGGUCUUCAGACACUUGUUGGCUCAGCUGGAGAGGGAGAAGGCCAGCCCCAUCGCUGUGCAGCUGGCAGAAUUUGUCCUGCCCUUCUUCGAUGACGUAAGGCUGCUGGGGAAGCCUGAGCCUCGUGGGUGGGAAGCGGGCAAUGACAGCUGCCCUUCCACCCAGCCACUCCGAGCAGGGUCUUCUCUCCUUUCUCCCCUGGGCUUUUGUGGGAUGGCUUCUGCAUUCUGCAGCCCAACCCAGCUUCUCCCUGCUAGAUGCUCUCAGAGGCCUGAGGGCUCUCCCAGGGAGGGGACAGGACCUGAUUGUUUUUCCCAGACCCCGUGGCGAGGGGCUGAGGCUGAACCAGUGGUCCAUGCCCUGGAGGCAUUGCCAAGACCAGCCCAGUCUCCUCAUGAGCCUGUCUGUGGGAGGGAGCUCUUCCCCACUGUGGCUGAUCUGGCUCACACCUCCAGUGUGCAGAAUGCCACCCUGAAGCAUCUCCCCUCGCAUCAGCCAUGCUGA